AUGCCCGGGCGGAGCGGAGCGGUGUCCGGGGCGCGGGGCUGUGCCCGCGGUGCGUUCGGGCGGAGUGGAGGGGUGUGCGGGGCGGAUCGCGGUGCCCGCCGUGCGCUCCCCGCCCGGGCGCGGCGCUCGGCCCUGGCAGCGCCGCGGCUGCUGCGCCUGCGGCCGCCGCCGGUGUCGCACCAUUUGGCUGUCACCCCGUCGCAAACGCCGCCGCUGCUUUGCGGCUCCCGCCGGCACGUGACGGCGCGGGGAGGCAGAGCGGCCCCGCUCGCGGGUGGCGGGCUGCGCGCGACCCCCGCUCGACACCCCCGCGUGACACCCCGCGCGGGCUCCGCGGCGCGAGCCCCCUCAGCCCUCACGGGCCCCUCAGGCCCCUCUGCCCGCUCCCCCUCCGCAGCCCCGCGGCCGCCUCGCCGCCUCCCUCCCUCCUUCCACACUCCGCCGGUGCCGCUUCCCCCUCCGUUAAGCUCCAGUGUUGGAAAAUCCUGUGAAUUCUUCCAGUGGUGGCGGGGAUGGAGGUGGGGGGGCUUGCGUGUGGCACAUCCCUGGUGUUGGGGGCUGCAGGGGCUCGGCUCCCCUAGGCCCAGGAGGCAGGUGAAGCCCUCGGUUUGUGGGUUAGCGAAGGCAGGUAGCUCAGGAAGGAGAGGUCACGCUUGUCUCAAGCGCCUGGAGAGAGGGCAGCCACCUGCCGCCCUGGGGACCUGGAGCAGUGGCCCGGGAGGUUGUGAGUCUGGAAAGCACAAGGCAGCUGUGGACAACUGUAGCUCUGCAUUUAAGUACUGUGACAGUGAAUUACUGAGCAAGAGGGAACAUUUUGAUGCAAGUGACAUUGAGGAAAACCUGUGCAAUUAUCCAGCUGCACUUACACUGUUAAGGGAGGUCGUUCUGGAUCACAGGAAUGGCCUUCCAAGCAAUAAAAUUCCAUGUUAUCAUUGUCCCAAGGCAGAGUGGAGGUAUAAAGCAGCUGUGUCAGUCAGCAACUUCCGUGCCAAGAAACGGGGAGGAGUUGCUUUAAGGCCACAACAUCGUUAUGCAUCAUCAUCAGACUUCCAUGUGGGAGGUGGGUGGACUAACACACUGAGCUCACUGCUGAACUGCUGAACUUGGCUCCUCUGGCUCC